AUGGAUCCUCGAAUUCUCGAAUCAGUGAAUCUUUGGAACGCAUUUCCCGACCCUACUUUCAAUGUCCCAAUACCGGCCCAGGACGGCACCUACAUGGCCGAGACCCUCACCAACGAUUUAGACAACAUGGAAUGUAAGUUUUGAUGGUUUUUUGUAGUUGAGGAUAUUAGGGAACUCUUCAGAUUGUUGUCACUUGUUUUUUUGGUGGUUCCUCAAUUGAUUAUUUUAUUUUCAGAUAUUGCUCCAAGAUUUCUUCGCUGCUUUUCGGAUGUAACAUAAAAAAAGAAAAAAAUAAAAAAAAGAAAAAAAUAAAAAAAAGAAAAAAAUAAAAAAAAGAAAAAAAAUAAAAAAAAAAAGAAAAAAAUAGAAAAAAAGAAAAAAAAUAAAAAAAAGAAAAAAAUAAAAAAAAAAAAAAAUAUUUUUUAAAAGUUACCUUUAUUUUUCCCUUGUAAUGUUAGAUUCCCUUAUCGUUUACCGCCCAUUUGUAUCAAUGUAAGUUGUUAUUUCAUUCUCGAAUUUAUCCUGGAUUUUUCUUAAAUUAAUGAUCUAUUUUUUCAGAAACCCAUCUCUCGAAUCAGUGAAUCUUUGGAACGCAUUUCCCGACCCUAUUUUCAAUGUCCCAAUUCCGGCCCAGGACGGCACCUACAUGGCCGAGACCCUAACCAACGAUUUACACAACAUGGAAUGUAAGUGUUGAUGGUUUUUUAUACAGGGUGUUUCAAGAAAUUUGGAACAAAUGAUUUGCUUAUAUCUUUGUGUUCUUUGCAGCUAUCAACGAAUUUCUUUUUGCUUCUAAAAAUUGACAGCGUGCGUUUUUAGAAUCUCAAAAAAAAUUUUUUUCGUCGGCGGAGGGCCCAUUUCUCGGCGGAGAAAAUUAGGGCCUUUUUUAAAAAUCACAGCGUAUUACGUGGCGGAAACGCCGUUGCAAUGGCUGAAUUCAAGUUUACGUUACACCUCCGUCGAUUUUACGGUAUGCAUUUUUUUGUUUUCGAUUUUACGCGCACCGCGGAGGCGCGGCGGAGACUUCAGAUUUCGGCGGACGUUGUUUUGGGCCUUCGGCUGUUGCAAUUCAUGUUGGAAAAGAGUUUGGGGUAAUUUUUUGUUGUCAUCCGAUGCACAGAUGGCAAAAAUUUUGUGCUUUUGUUCCCCGGCGGAGGAUUCGGCGGAGGCUUUAUCAAAGGGUUAAAGCUGUCUUACGAGUCCGGGAAAAAUCUCAGCUACAAGAAUCCAUCAGAGCAGCAUUGUCUUUCAAAGAUUUUUGAUUUUUUUGGUCUGGCGGAGAAAUCGGCGGAGUUUUGUUUUUACCCUUCGAUAAAGCCUCCGCCGACUCCUCCGCCGGGGAUAAAAAGCACGAAAUUUUUGCCAUCUGUGCAUCGGAUGACAACAAAAAAUCACCCCAACCUCUUUUCCAACAUGAAUUGCAACAGCCAAAGGCCCAAAACAACGUCCGCCGAAAUCUGAGGUCUGCGCCGCGCAUCCGCGGAAGUGCGUAAAAUCGAAAACGCAAAAAAACCAUACCGUAAAAUCGAUGGAGGUAUUACGUAAACUUGAUUUCAGCCGUUGCAACGGCGUUUCCGCCACGUAAUACGCUGUGAUUUUUAAAAAAGGCCCUAAUUUUCUCCGCCGAGAAAUGGGCCCUCCGCCGACGAAAAAAAAUUUUUUUUAGAGAUUCUAAAAACGCACGCUGUCAAUUUUUAGAAGCAAAAAGAAAUUCGUUGAUAGCUGCAAAGAACACAAAGAUAUAAGCAAAUCAUUUGUUCCAAAUUUCUUGAAACACCCUGUAGUUGAGGAUAUUAGGGAACUCUUCAGAUUGUUGUCACUUGUUUUUUUGGUGGUUCUUACAUUGAUUACUGUAUUUUCAGAUAUUGCUCCAAGAUUUCUUCGCUGCUUUUCGGAUGUUGAAUAAAAAAAAGAAAAAAAUAAAAAAAAAAAGAAAAAUUAAAAAAAAGAAAAAAUAAAAAAAAGAAAAAAAUAAAAAAAAAACUAAGAAAAUAAAAAAAAUAUUUUUUUUAAGUAACCCGUAUCCUUCUCUUCUAAAUUUUACUCGCCUUAUAGUUUAUCGCCCAUUUAUAUCAGUGUAAGUUGUUAUUUCAUUCUUGAAUUUAUCCUGGAUUUUUCUUAAGUUAAUGAUCUAUAUUUUCAGAAAUCCAGCUCUCAAAUCAGUGAAUCUUUGGAACGCAUUUCCCGACCCUACUUUCAAUGUCCCAAUUCCGGCCCAGGACGGCACCUACAUGGCCGAGACCCUCACCAACGAUUUAGACAACAUGGAAUGUAAGUUUUGAUGGUUUUUUAUAGUUGGGGAUAUUAGGGAACUCUUCACAAGGGAAUGGACUUUAUGUGUAAAUCGAUUUUGGCUUGAGACAUAGUCAGAUCGAAAGGUGUGUGGUAGUCGAUUAUUCACUUGGGGGGAAAUCUCUGCGCGGGGCUUCAAAGCGAGAAAAUCGGCUUCAAAGUUUGGACGAAAAUCAAAGGAUAGGGGAUCCCGGAAAAGGAGCAAUAAAAAGUGCGAAGCAGUGGCCAAGUGGUCAGUGCGCUCGCUUUUUGCGCAAAAGGUUGCAGGUUCGAGUCUUUCCAAGCUCAAACCAUCAUUUAUCGGUUUUACUUUUGCUUUCUUCAUGCUAAUCCGGCUGUACAUUUAAAAAAGGGGUAUAGGUAAAGUUGUCUAAAAAAGUUAUGAAUGGAAGCAGAUUCGAACUUGCGACCUUUUGCGCAAAAAGCGAGCGCACUGACCACUCGGCCACUGCUUCACACCUUUCAUUGCUCCGUUUCCGGGAUCCUACCCUUUGAUUUUCGUCCAAACUUUGAAGCCGAUUUUCUCGACUUUGAAGCCCCGCGCAGAGAUUUCCCCCCCCCCAAGUGAAUAAUCGACUUCUGCACACCUUUCGAUCUGACUAGGUCCCAAGCCAAAAUCGAUUUACACAUAAAGUCCAUUCCCUUGUCAGAUUGUUGUCACUUGUUUUUUGAUGGUUCUUCAAUUGAUUUCUGUAUUUUCAGAUACUGCUCCAAGAUUUCUUCACUGCUUUUCGGAUGUAGAAUAAAAAAAGAAAAACAUAAAAAAAAAUAAAAAAAAGAAAAAAAGAAAAAAAAUAAAAAAAAGAAAAAAGAAAAAAAUAAGAAAAAAAAAAUUUUUUUUAAGUAACCCGUAUCCUUCUUCUCUCUUCUUCUCUUCUAAUUUUACUCGCCUAAUAGUUUACUGCCCAUUUGUAUCAAUGUAAGUUGUUAUUUCAUUCUUAAAUUUAUCCUGGAUUUUUCUUAAGUUAAUGAUCUAUUUUUUCAGAAACCCAUCUCUCGAAUCAGUGAAUCUUUGGAACGCAUUUCCCGACCCUAUUUUCAAUGUCCCAAUUCCGGCCCAGGACGGCACCUACAUGGCCGAGACCCUAACCAACGAUUUAGACAACAUGGAAUGUAAGCUUUGAUGGUUUUUUGUAGUUGAGGAUAUUAGUCCGUUCGUAAAGUCGCUGGAAUGAUUUCGGCGACGUGCAUUGUGUAAGAAAACUCAGGGUGCGAGCGACAGCCCCAAAAAGCCUAUUGCACUGUGCAAAAAGCCAAAAAUUGCACAGUGCAAAGUGAACUUUCGGUUUCGCGGGGUGCAUGUCGCCGAAAACAUUCCAGCGACUUUACGAACGGACUAGUAUUAGGGAAGUCUUCAGAUUAUUGUCACUUGUUUUUUAGUGGUUCUUGAAUUGAUCACUGUAUUUUCAGAUAUUGCUCCAAGAUUUCUUCACUGCUUUUCGGAUGUAAAAUAAAAAAAAAGAAAAAAAUAAAAAAAAGAAAAAAAUAAAAAAAAAGAAAAAAAUAGAAAAAAAGAAAAAAAAAUAAAAAAAAGAAAAAAAUAAAAAAAAGAAAAAAAAAGUAUUUUUUUUAAGUAACCAUUAUCCUUUUCUUCUUAAAUUUUACUUGCCGAAUAGUUUACUGCCCAUUUGUAACAAUGUAAGUUGUCAUUUCAUUCUUAAAUUUAUCCUGGAUUUUUCUUAAGUUAAUGAUCUAUUUUUUCAGAAACCCAGCUCUCGAAUCAGUGAAUCUUUGGAACACAUUUCCCGACCCUAUUUUCAAUGUCCCAAUUCCGGCCCAGGACGGCACCUACAUGGCCGAGACCCUAACCAACGAUUUAGACAACAUGGAAUGUAAGUUUUGAUGGUUUUUUUGCAGUUGAGGAUAUUAGGGAACUCUUCAGAUUGUUGUCACUUGUUUUUUGGUGGUUCCUCAAUUGAUUAUUUUAUUUUCAGAUAUUGCUCCAAGAUUUCACUGCCCUACCCCAGAUGUUUACCACCCAUUUUUUGCUAUGUAAGUUGUUGUUUCACCCUUGGUUUUAGCCUGGUUUUUUCUCAAACUAUAUGGUGUAUGUUUUCAGAAACCUAAACAUCACCUUCACUCACGCCACACCCCUUUCCGUUCGCAACACCCAUCCUUCCCUCCCACUCGCACCGCACCCCUCCUCCAUUCCACUCGCACCACACUCCUCCCCCAACACACUCUCUUCAGAAUGUAAGUUUCGUGGUUUAUUGGUAGUUGAGGAAGUUACGGAUGGCUUGAGAUUAUUGCCAAUUCUUUUUUGAGGGUUCUUCAAUUUAUUCUUUUAAUUUGCAGGGAUCUCCAAGCCCAUGCAACGGAUAGCUUUAAAAAAGAAAAAAAUGAAAAAAAUAAAAAAAAAAUAAAAAAUAAGAAAAAAAAGAAUAAUAAAAAAAAAAAAAAAAAAAAAAAAUACGAAAAAAUAGAGAAAAUGCACCACUUCCACCACCCUCCCCUUCACCCAAUCAUCAAAGCCUGCUUUGGUGAUUAAAGUAAGUUGUUUUUUCCCAAUUGUAGGCCUUUAUUUCGUGUCAUAAGUCCAGAUACUGCUCGUUCUAUUUUUAAUCUUAUUUAUUUUCAUGGAAACCAUCGAGAAUCCGUUUCUUGGAGCCCUGGAGAAGUUGGAGAAAUCAAUGGUGCCCUGGAGGUCCCCACCGCGGAAAGAUCAGAAAGGUAUGUCGAUUGGGAGUGAUAAAUUAGGGAAUCGAGGUCUAGAAGGGAUAUGACGGUGUUAGGGUAUUUUUAUAUUGCUCAUGAGAUGAUUAACUUUCCGUUAUUUCUCGCGUUUAAACACAUUUUUCUUUCAGAAUGACCUUUGGGCAUGCUUAUGGUCGACGAGCUAGAUUGAUCGGAAUCGAAGAACAAGAUAGCCCAAGAACAAGACAGCGAAGAGCCGAGCCCUGGAUUCCAUGGCCAUGGUAACAUCCUUCAUUGAGGAUGCGCAGUAGUUUUGAGGUAGGCGGAUCUUUGCUGGUAAAGAGGGACUUUGGGAUUUAAUCCCUUUUUUCUUUCAGGUUCCUGCAAUUACCACUAGAUUCGACCAGUCCAGGCCACUUCCCAGCCAAUAAGAAGGAUCUACAAAUCUAA